UCUGUCUUUGAAAGACGUGCCUCCUUCUCUUCCUACUGUACUCUCUCUCUCACACACACCCACAUUCACACACCCACACUCAUACACAGAGCGGAGCUCGUGGCCGUCCAGCUGCACAAAUACACUGGAUGCCUGUUAGCGGUGGAAACUGAAUUUUCUUUACCUUGAGAUUUUCUGCAGUAUUAUCCAAAAUGAGUAGCUCUUUCUCAGCCAAAAUGGAACUGGCUAAAGAUAUGAAGGAGGAGGAUAAGUUGUACAGAUAUAAUGGAGUGCUGUACCCUGUCAUCAUGAGUCCAGUGGAGAACCUGAAGGCUAUGGAGAGGCUGGAAGCAAGAGCAGAUGAUGUAAUGUUAGUUGCAUAUCCCAAAUGUGGUUUUAAUUGGAUGGUGGCGGUACUUCGUAAAAUACUAGCAGCAGCAACUGGUGAGAAAGCAGAGUCCCAAAUCCCUCCAUUGAUGGAGUUCUUUGGGCCAGAAAUGCAGCAGGCUAUUCACAAAGCACCGUCCCCCAGAUUUCUAGGGACACACAUGCACCCAGAUAACAUUCCUGCAUCCUUCACCACAAAGAAAACAAAGAUGCUGGUGAUAUUCAGGAACCCGAAAGACACAGUGGUUUCCUUUUAUCACUUCUCCAACAAAAAUCCAUGUCUACCCACUGCCGAGUCCUGGGACCGCUUCUUCUCAGAGUUUAUGAGUGGAAAAGUUCCCUGGGGUUCAUAUUUCGACCAUGUACUUGGCUGGGAGAAGAGAAUGGAUGACCCUAACGUGAUAAUAGUCACCUUUGAGGAGUUAAAACAGGACCUGAGUGAAGGUGUGCGAAGGGUCUCUGAGUUCUUUGGUUUCAGUCUCAGUGAUCCUCAGAUCCAGGCCAUCACAGAGGAGAGCACUUUCAACGCUAUGAAGGAGAGCUCCAAUGACUCACACGGCCAGAUGGGCAACGUCUUGUUCAGGAAAGGUGAAGUAGGAGACUGGAAGAACCAUUUCAGCCCAGCCCAAAGCCAGGAGAUGGACACAGCAUUUGAGAAGCACCUGGCAGGGACUAAGCUGGGGGCUAAACUGAAGUAUGACCUGUACUGCAAGUAGAUAGCAGACAGGAUGAGCACUGACUGAACUGAGACAGGACGCAAGGGAAACACUGACAGAGUAGGAAAGUUCAACCCCAACCGGCAGGAGAGCUGGUAUGCAGUAGCUAAACUGACAUAGACAAUGAGGAAUUUGGUGGUGUGACACUUGUUACUCCACUUGACUGUCUUACACUGCAGCCAUUCAAGGGCAUUUUUGUGAAAGUGUGACAUGAGAUAGAGUAGACAUGAUAUACUUCAUGUUAGAUUCUUUAUACACAUCUUGUAAUCCUUGUUUUUAUACCACUGCACUUAAGUAUGUUAAUUAAAGUUGGUUCAAUGAUUGA